UUGAUGGGUUCGCCAGCCUGAGAUCCCCAAGGACAAGCGCGAUACAAUGGAUGCCUAUUUGCCACACUGCAUUCCGCUGGCUACUAGCUCUGAUCUCCGAUUCUCCUCUGUUUUUGAAGGACUUGUUGGUCUCACGUUGUACCGUCAUGCGAGCUAAUCCGGCGCAAAAAAUCGAUGACGUCGUUGCCGUUCUAAACGACAAGCUUUCUCAAUGACAGGUUGCCCAGCAUGAUUCACCACAUCGGUUCUCCAUUGGUCUGCGAGAUAGGGAAAAGAAAAACCUGCGGAUCCAGUCGGGCCAAUGGCUUUGGACCGGAGUGGACAGAAAGCUAAACGCUUGAAGCUGACUUUACGCCGACCUGAUGCGAACAACAGGUGCCCGGAUAUGCAAGUGUCUUGAAGCUCCCAAUGCAAGCAUACGGUCGUAUCCCUGUCCUCGGAUGAUUUAGGUUAGUUUCACAUGGUGUACAAUGGAUCCAUUUGUUCGACGUAAAGAAAAUGAUCCAAGGACCGAAGACGCUCGAUUUGGAGCCGUCAACGUAAUGAUUGCCGGUCCUCUGGAGACAAAACGUGCAAUGGCAAAGUCUGAUUGAAAACGGUACGUAUCCACUCUCCAGCAAGAGUGGACAUCCCUCCCACUCCACCCGGCCGAGGCAGUUGUUUACGACGACAAUGACAUAUCACCCAGCCAGCGACCGUGACCAGAUAGGUCCCGAUGAUGAAGUACAUCCUAACGUGAUCGUCGGUCCUAACACGCCUGCCCUCACCACCCAAUACUUUGUUAUUUUUUUGGCCGGGUGGGAGCGGCGCGGCGUUCGCGCUCGGCGAGCCUGCAAUCCGAUCGCAAGAUGCUGAUCGUGGGCAAAAGAGAGGAGAAAGAUGGGAAAGUGAUCAACCCCGGCUCGACUUUCGCUCCCACCGUCCACACCAAAAGUGGUCAGUUUACUGUUCUGUACUUUGGCGAGCCGGGCUACUGCAAAAGCAUGUUCCUUCCGCUGCGUUGUUUUCCCUGCAUCCAUGUCUGCUAAAGAGCAAUAGGCACGUAAUGAGGCUCCAGCCAUCCGGUGCGGAGCAAAGCCAAUUACACUCCUUGACGCUGGAUUCUGCAUAGCUCGCACUAGCAUGAGGACUUUUAGCUUAUUGUCCUGAGCUCCAUACCACCAUGGAUUGCUCACUCGUCUAACGACCCAGUUUUCGUGGAACAAGCCCGCAUGCUUUUAAAAGCUCGUUCGAUAACCGCCCUUCGCUUACGAUUCUGCAUCCAGUUUUCUCAGGACGUCUCUCAGCUUUGCGAUUUUGCACAUCACAAUUCGUUCCCAAAGUUUCUCGUCUCAAAAAAAAACCGGGAUUUGACUUUUAUUGCGUUUUGCGCUCUGGACGCUUCUCGUGCCCUCGUUAUCUCGCUGGAUACGCACAAGAGCAUCCAUCACUCGCUUUGCCAUCGAUCACCGGAAAGACGAUCCACACCUCGCAAGCAGCUUUCACACAAUCUAAAGCGGCUCCAUCAUUCGCUACUAUCGCAUUCUUCUUGAGUAGGGCAGGAAGAGGGAUUUCCACGUAGAGAAACAACCAGACAAGGAACGGGAAUCAUCGAACUUGAGCAUCCUCGGAGCACCCUUUAAACUCGCUCUUCUCUUCCUCUCCAUCACGCGGUAGAGAACUUGUCUCUUCACGCCCGUCGUUUCGUGUGCGGAUCAUAGUCUCCGCAAACCGGCUUAAUUUUUAAUCAUGCGAUACGCAUUGGGUCUUUUGGCACUCGCUGCCUCAGCAGUGGCUCUCCCUCAAGGUGUGACGGAAGCCAUUUCCCCAUCGUCCUCGGCCCCAGCCGGAUGUAGCCCAAAUUACUCGGGUUCCUUCCAGAUCACCGUGGUCAAUGUCACAUCGGCCGCGAAGGUCAAACGCGACGCGCUGGUCUGCACGUUGAGCGGCGGUAUAUUGAAGGAUGCCCACGGCAGAACGGGCUACAUUGCCAGCAACUACCAGUUCCAAUUCGACAACCCACCCCAGGCCGGCGCAAUCUACACAGCUGGAUUUUCCGUCUGCAGUAACGGAUCCUUGGCCCUCGGUGGCUCGGCGAUCUGGUACCAGUGCUACUCCGGCGGGUUCUAUAACCUCUACGACCGAUCCUGGGCAGCCCAGUGCUCGCCCAUCUACAUUGAGGUCAUGGGAGGCAGCUCUGCGCCAGCAGCCACGCAGGCUUCUGACGGCCAGCCCGGUGUCACCACUCAGGUUAGUCAGAUCAGCGAUGGACAGGUCCAGGCGACAACUAUGGCUGUCAGCCAGAUCAGCGACGGACAGAUUCAGAACGGUCACGUGAGCCAGAUUAGUGAUGGUCAGGUGCAGGCAGGCGGCGUAACUCAGAUUUCGGACAGCCAGGUGCAAGCAGGCGGCGUGACUCAGAUUUCGGACGGCCAAGUCCAGGCCCCGACCGGCAAACCGGUUUCUCAGAUCUCGGACGGCCAGAUCCAGGCCAACCCCGUGGGUCAGAUCUCGGACGGUCAGAUACAAGCUACUUCCGCUGCCCCCGCCGCUGCCCCAGUUACUCAGAUCAGCGACGGACAGGUUCAGGUUCACUCUGCUACUCCGGUCCAGCAGAUCUCCGACGGUCAGGUGCAAGCCUCUGGCGCAGCGUCCAAGGCUUCCGCCGCCCCUGUGUCUCAGAUCAGCGACGGCCAAGUUCAGGCUGCGGCCAGUUCCGUCCCCGUUAGUUCUUCUCGAACUAGCUCCACCACGCCAGCGCAGUUCACCGGUGCUGCCGCACCUUUGGCCAAGCUGCCGGCCGCCGUCGUCGCCGGUUUCGCCGCCGCCGUCGCCUUCUUGUAAGCGCACCGGCAAGCCUUGCGUGCAACGGGCUCUCAAGAUGAACGGUCUUUUCUCCUCCGAGACUCUUUUCAGCCUCCGUUUUGUGCUCAUCGAGCACUAACUUACCCCCUCCUGACCGAUCCGAGCUCACGCCGAGGCCCGGCAAAUACGGCUGUAAACGCGCGACUAUAAUCAAACAAUGCCCAUCGAUCGGGAUGCUCUCCUCCCCAUUCGAUACGGGACACACUCCUUUCUUUUCCUUAACCGUGUGCAUGUGUUUAAACGAGAGGAUGACGACGAGUAGGGGGCUGUAGCCGGCCGGUCAAUUCCUUCCCCCACAAUCCUUUAGUCAUUCAAAGGAACAGGAACCCCCCCCCCCCC